GGCGCCGCAGCACCAUCUCGCGGCCCCAGACCCUGCGGCACGACGCCGGCAGCCGCAAGCAGGGAGGCAGAACCGCAUCACGUGUGGAAUCCAGCGCUGUGAUUGGCUGAAUAGCCCUAGGCGAAGCAGGCCAAUAGAAGAUAGACAGGACACAAUCCCCUCAGGGAUUGGCUGCUACCGUCGGGGCGGGAGAGAGUAGGCGGCCUUGCCUUUACCAUGAUCCUCACUAUGAUUGGCUGCUCAGAGCUGAUGGAUACGGAGGGACGUAGGGCGCUAGGUCACGUGCUCACACGGUAGCCGGCGGGUCCGUGAGCGUUGGGUCGGCUGCCUCGUGCCGGAGCCGGGCUCUGCGAGGCGCUGUCCGGGGCCCGUCCGCCAUGUGCUCGGUAGUGAUGCUGAGCGUCCUGCGCAGCGACUCCUACGUGGAGCUGAGUCAGUACCGGGACCAGCACUUUCGGGGUAACAGAUAUGACCAGGAGCGACUGCUGAAAAAGAGCUGCACCCUGUAUGUGGGGAAUCUCUCCUUCUAUACAAAAGAAGAGCAGAUCUAUGAACUGUUUGGUAAAAGUGGGGAUAUAAAGAAAAUCAUUAUGGGCCUGGACAAAGUGAAGAAAACUGCUUGUGGCUUCUGUUUUGUUGAAUACUACUCAAGAGGAGAUGCUGAAAAUGCAAUGAGAUACAUCAAUGGGACACGGCUUGAUGAUAGGAUCAUCAGGACAGAUUGGGAUGCAGGUUUUAAAGAGGGCAGACAGUAUGGUCGUGGAAGGUCAGGGGGUCAGGUCCGAGAUGAAUAUCGGCAGGACUAUGAUGCUGGGAGAGGAGGUUAUGGCAAAGUUGUUCAACCCCAGUGAAUAUUGAAUGACCCAUCAGCAUCACAGGAGAACUGUAGCUGCAUCUUGGUAAAUCUUGUGAUGAGCAGCGAAGGACGUCUGUUGCACAUGAAUGUUGUUUAGGUAACUGAGACUUAGAAGAUUUUUUUUCACUGUUGCUGAGAUCGUUAAAUAUAUUCAGUGUCUCUUCCAUUUUUCAAGACCAGUUACAAAAUCAGGAUCAAAGCUAUACUUUAUGUUGUAGGGUAGAUUGAUAGAAUAUAAUGAAGAUCUGGGAGUAAAACUUAUAGCACUGAUUCACAUGAAACAUAUGUGAUUGCUAACUGCUGCUUUUUUUUAAUGUUUGAAGUGUUAUACUAGACUGAGCCAGAAGUCUUUAACAGUGUGUUGAUUUCUUCCAUAUGUCCAAAACCUGAUACACAGGCAUCAGGUUUUUUUUGUUUACAUUAGUAGUGAAGGGGGUGGGCAAGAAUGGGUUGUGUACCAAACAUAAAAAUUAAGAGGAGAGAAAUGGUUAUUUUUUUGGUAAAAUACAGAGAAGGUCCAGAUUUCUCUGAAUUGUGUGUUUGACUAGCAAGAAAUAAGAUGUCUUUUUUUUUUUUUUUUGGUAACAGCUAGCAAACAUAUGAAGGGCACACCUGAACAAACUCUUUACCCUGGGGUUAUCUCUCUGUUCAUCAAAGUGAUAGGAGCAUAGCAGCUAACUGAAGACCUGGCCCAUAUGUAUUUCCACUAAGAGUAUAGUAUGCAUUAGGUCUGAUACCCAAUAAUAUCUGUAGUGUGUGUAUAUUAGAGGCUGUCACUUUGAUACUGUAAACCAGGUGGUGUGAAGUUCCCUUAUCCAGUGGGUGGGAAGGGGGACUGCUGUAAGCAAGGGGAAUGUAGAGAACUGAGAGUUUAAAAAUUGGUGCUAGAUGGUAUUUGCUACCUCUGUAAACUUGGCAACACUCUUACUUUUUUAUUUUUUUAAGGGUUGCUCCUGUAUCAGUUUUCUCCAAUAAAAGGGGUUUGUUUGUAAUUUUAUUAUGUGGAUGAAUUCUUUUCCCUAUUCCUCCACAGAUGGGAGAAUUUGCAUGGUUACCUCCAAAAGGUGGAUGUCUAAGGAGACAGGAUAUUGUAAAAGAAAAGGAAAGUAGUUCUGAAAGGGUGUGAGUUUUGUCUUCUAUUUCAGGCUAGAUUCAUUCCUGCUUAGGUUUCAAAUAACAAGCAAACUGGCAAAAGCCAAUGUUCAAACUCCAGCUCUACCUUGGAGUCCAUUAUGCAUCUGAUGAGAAAUCAUAUAGUGACUCUAGGACUUUAUGUAUGAGUUUCGCGGCUUGUGUCAAAACCGACUGAAAUGAUUGUAUAGUAGUAUGGACUCUUUAAAGUAUUAACUGAUGCUCAAAAUGUUCAAAACCUGGAAAUGUCAACAAUGUCAAGUUCAGGCUUCCCUGGCUUUGCUUGAGGACUUGGGAAUCUUGAGAGAUGUAUAUUGAGUCUAAACACCUUAAUCCGGCAGUGUUGAAGACUCAUCUGCCUAAAAACUUCUUCCUCUCUCAAAUUGCUCAGCCCCCCUGGACACUUAACUAAUUUCAUUAAUUCUGCUUUUCCAAUCAUAAUAUUAGGGACUGACAACACCUGCAUUUAUGUAAAGAGAAAGCAUAACUUAUUCCUUUUCUUAAAAUAUAAAACCUUUUCAGGCCUUCAUGUGAAAGGUAUAAGCCUACUAUUUUUCUUUUUACAUCACCUGUAAAGAAGGGUAAAAUGAACUGAGUGAUGAGCUUUAAUCAGACUUUCUAAGUAUCUUACAGGUACCUCUAUGCAUCAUGUUUCAGACCCAUUACUUUAAUUAAGUUAUAGGUACAAUGAAGUAAAAUGCACACCCACCAUCUUAUCAUCACAUCUAAGAGAAUUUUAAAUGGUGUAUUUCUAACCUUCUCCUGUCAUGGAAGGUACUGUAAAUGUUUAGUACUGGGAUCUUUGAUUAGGGGAAAGUCCUAUAAACAGAAUGAGUUAACCUAGGGUGUUUUUUUUUCUUACCUAAUGAGGCACGUGUCUGAGCAGAUCUGUCUACCACUUGCUCUGUAACAUGUCCAGUAGCAAUUUUCAGAAGCAUAAUCUGAUUGCACAAGUUUUAUGAAAAGAUUGUCUAUUGUCAAAACCACAAACUACUUUCAAAUAAAGCUGCACUACUCAAAUUGAUUUGUUGUUAGAUUGUCAUUCGUGCCUUAACAGAAGCAGCGAUGGGAAUAAAGUAACUACACUUUGCACAUUCUUAGCCAAAUGCCUUGUUUGGGCUGUCUCCAUGUGUAAUUCACUAAAUUAUGGAAGAAUAACACACUGGAGCAGUGAAUACUCUCCUAUCGCUUAAUUAAGACACUGUCUCACAACUAUACCCACUUGUUAACAGAUCCGGAAUGACAAUAUAACAAUGUAAUUUGUUUUGUCGCAGGUACCAGGGGGUGCAGCCUGAACUUAACAUUAUAGUGGACUGCCAGGCCUACUGUAGUUAAGUUUGCAGAGGAAUUGUCCAGGAGCUGGAGCCGGAGAAGAAACUGGAAGAAGAGCAGCCUGGAUAUCCUUGUAAGCAGAGAUGAAGAGUCGUCAGCUUUCUGCCUUCUCCAUGACUGGCUUACCACGGAGAAAGAAGUGAAGGGUAAGAGCCCACCCCAAUUGUGAGAUGGAAGGCGCCCAAGAGCCGUGAGUCAGUGAGCGUUGUUGAUUCCAGGCUAUGCAGAUGCCAUGAAGCUGGGAGUGGAGCAGACGUCACCAUCAGUGAGAUAAGUGUCUGGUUUGGUGAGGACUCUGGUAACGGCCCACCUGCCUCCAGGCCAGGACUUGUUGUUAGCUGGGGCUGAGUUUGUAGGAAAAAGUUCCUGAAUAGAUGUAGUUACGAGGGAGACAAGGUCCCCAUUUUCAGGGGCUGGUCAUUUCUCUGUCCACAAGCAGUGUGUUCUGUGCAGCAGAAGGUUGGAUCCAGGGGGAUGACUCCAGCUGGUGAAUUUCUUGAC